AUGAGCGAUAAUCACGGGUCUUUAGCAGAACAACAAGCUACAGAAGAAUCCAAGCCAAAGAAAGAAGGAAGUACACCAUUUACUGGAAUUAUCUCCUCUUGUUUUGAAGCUCAUUUGAAUAUUUAUAUUGAUUCCCAGGAUAGGAAUUUAAUGGAGUUGAUAAAUCGUUUUAUGGAAGAUUUACGUCAACACGGAACACCGAGAAUGGAGACGGAGGAAGGGAGUAAUGUAUUACCGAGUUGUGCCGAUUUGUUCGUAUUUUAUAAGAAAUGUAUGGUACAAUGUUCUCAACUGAGUACUGGACAACCAAUGAUUGAUUUAACGAGAACAUUCCAGAAAUAUCUUAAAGAAUACGCAACCAGAGUGUUAUUAAAUAGUUUGCCAAAAUUAAGUAAUCAGAAUACUAGUAUUAGUUCUGCUACAGGAUUAAUACAGAGUAUAUUAAAGGAAGGGGAGGUAACUAAGCUUACAGAAGAAGAACAAUGUCGUGUUUGUAGUAUACUCUGUACAGCUGAAUAUUGUAUGGAAACUACUCAACAACUAGAAGAAAAACUAAAAGAAAAAGUUGAUGAAAGUUUGGUUAAGAAUAUUGAUCUUGGUAAUCAACUGGAUAUAUUCCACAAUGUAAUAUCUAACUGUAUACAUCUAUUAGUACAAGAUCUAGAGACAGCAUGUGAACCAGCUUUAUCAGCUAUGACAAAGAUGCCAUGGUCAACUAUCGAGGCUGUUGGAGAUCAGAGUGGAUAUAUCACAGCUAUCACAUCACAUUUAAAACAAAAUAUACCAAUUAUACGAGACAAUCUAGCUUCAUCACGAAAAUACUUUACACAAUUCUCCGUUAAAUUUGCCAAUUCUUUUAUACCGAAAUUUGUCAACACAUUAUAUAGAUGUCGUACACACAGUACAGUAGCUGCUGAACAGCUAUUAUUAGAUACACACAGUUUAAAAACAGUAUUAUUGGAUUUACCGUCUUUAGGAUCUCAAGUAGCUAGAAAAGCUCCAGCUAGUUAUACGAAGAUAGUAGUUAAAGGAAUGACUAAAGCUGAGAUGGUUUUAAAGGUUGUUAUGUCACCCCAUGAACCCCCCCAGGGUUACGUUGAUAAUUAUAUUAGAUUGUUGAAUGAUUCCGAUGUUAAUGAAUUCCAGAAAGUUCUAGAAAUGAAGGGUUUACGGAGAAACGAUCAGAGUAUUUUAAUGGAGAUUUAUAGAAAUCGAAUACCAAUGUCUGCGUUGACAGGGGAGACAACUCACUCACAGAAUGUAUCCUCUCCCGAACCCGAGUCGAGUAGAAUCAGAAAACUGGAAAAAUUGAUUAAAAAGAGAUUAUAGAAAAAAUGGACAUCAGCAGAUGUAGAGGAACCAGACCACCAUAGAAGAAUUAAAUGGAAACAUGCCACCAGCAGAUUGUAUUACAGUAUUUUAUAGCAGUGUUUCCCAACCUGGGAUCCACGAACCCCUUAGUGCUCUUGAAACAAUUGUGUAGAUGGUUAUCUAAGUGAAAGGGGUCUACAGGGAACCUGCAGUGAAAGGAGGGUGGGGUGUCGCGACUGUGAAGAAAGAUAGCCAAGUAUCUGAUAUCCGAGUCAUAAUAAUAAUAGGGGUUUCAGGUCAAAGUUUCAAAUGACAGAAAAAAAAAAAUUAAAAAUAUUUUGUGAAAAUAUACAUAAAAUGAUACCCAAAUUUGUUUAUUUCAUCAAAAUAUUCUAAUUAGAUCCAAAGUUAUGGAAUUUUAAAAUCUGAGAUCGACGUCAAUAAUGUAAUCAUAAUGCUCUAUACCAGUCAAUGCUUGGCAUGGCACCAAAGCGAGUGCUUUUCAGUCAUAUUUGAGUGACGUCAUAAGCGGUAUUUUCCCUUCAGAAUCGCUAGUACCAAUUUUAAAACUGAAAUCCGCACGUUAUUGUCAGCUAAAAUUUAUUAAAAUCAUAAUAAUUUGAAUGAUAAUAUGUCAAAUAUUUAUAAUCUGGAUGAUACCUCAAGAAAGUUUUUUUAUAUUUAGUCGAAAUUUAGCAAUUUUCAGUCAUCAAAACAGAUAAAUCCCAUUUUCUCCGGGUCUAAUUGUCCGACCACGUGGUAUCAACAAGCAUAAUAAUCACAAAAAUUUUAUCUGUCGUUUGAUUGGUUCUAUAUCAAAAUCCCCCGGUAACUAAGGUGCAGAUUCACCAAUGAAGUGAGUCGUAGCAAUGGAAAAUCUCAGGCUGCGUGACAUCAGAGCGGUAUUUUCCCGCGAGCGUCUCAUGUAAACAAACCGUAAUUUCGCUUACAUUUCGAUAUUUUUUUAGCCUGAAUCUUUGCAGAUAUUGAGAUUGAUAUUAAACUAUUGCAAUACAAUUGCUAGUAAUGCAUUUACAUAAAAUAGUAAUUCAGAAUCAUAGAUUGAAGUGGGGUAUAUUUCAGCCUCUGGCUGUCCGAUUUCACGCUAAAGUCACUUGACCUGAAACCCCUAAUAAUAAAAGGUAUAGAUGUACCAACAUAUGGGGUUCAUGUACCACACAUGGCUUAUGUGAGAAGUGGAGGCUUGUACCUGUCCUAUUACCCAUUUAAUUGUCCUAAUAUAAGAAACCUGACUGAACACAGUGAAUACAGAUGUUGGAGUCGUUAGACAUUUGUAAAAUGGAUCCGUGAGUGUAAGUAGAUUGUGAACCAUUGUUAUAAAGGACCAUCUGCUGUCAUGUGAUUAUUUAUUAUGUAUCAUAAAGCCUGAGGGUUGUGUUAAACAUGAGCUGGGAUGUUAGAAUAAUAAAAUAUAUAUUUAUUAUAAACCUAUUAUAUAUAUAGUACUUCCACAUUCUGCAUGGUUACCCAAUGUUUCCAUUCUGCAUGGUUACCAUGGUUACCCAAUGUUCAAAUUCUGCACACAGAGAACUGUUUUUGUUGAGAAUAGAUCUCUGUUCUGAAUGGCCGAAUGUUUAGCACGUGCGUGUUGUAUCAUAAAGUCUGCCAUUGAGUCAACUGGCUUGGUUUUGACUCCCCGGUUGUACAUGACAAGGAGUAGGGUCGCCUGUCCAACCUCGUGGGUUUUCUCCUGGCCCUCAGGUCUCCUCCCACUGCUACAGACCCCUACGUGCAAGCGAAUUAUUGAAAUAAAAUUGAACCAUGCUUUAGUCCCGAAAUGACCUAGUCUGUGUCGAGUGGACGUUAAACCUUCUCUCUCUCUGUUCUGAAUAGCCACCAUUUUGGAAAGUUAGUGUACUAAUUUGUUAUGCAGUUCUUAAUUAUCUCUAGGUGAAUGUGGUUAUAUUGUAAAGCUGGGAAUUCCAUGUAAAGAAAGAUAAAUUAUAUAUCUGUAUAUAAAGUGGUAAAAUAUCUGUAAUAUAUAUGUAUACAAUGUAUCUGUAAUGUAUCCGUAUUCUGUAUACAGUCCCUGAUAUUUGUAUAUACGUAUUCUAUGUACGGUCCCUGAUAUCUGUAUAUACGUAUUCUAUACACGGCCCCUGAUAUCAGUAAUUUGUAAUAUAUAGGUAUUCUGUAUACAGUCCCUGAUGUCUGUAUAUACAUAUUCUUAUAUAAAUAUUAUAGUGCAAUAAAAUUAAUAUACUAAUAUU